UGUGCUUAAACCCGCAGCGAAUCACCGGGUAGCCGGUCACAUCGGACUCUGUUGUCGGAGAACAAUUACUCCACCAGUACCAUCUGAACAGCAGCAAAGCAAGUUUCGUCAAACAUCGGGUUAAGUGCAGCGAGUUCUGGUUGCGUCUAAACGUAAACAUUCAUCUGUUGGUGAUUGCUAAGAAAGAUGGCAACGACUUCGCGGUAAUUUGAAAUAAAAUUGCAAAAUGUAAUUACUGACAGCACACCAAAGGCUGCAGCAGAUCGCUACAGUUUUAAAUAGAGGUCCGAAGGAUAGCAAAUAUAUACAAAAAUCAUAUUUCGCCCCGCCAGUUCACUCCGUCAUUGUGGAAAAUUAAGGACUGAUCUUAUCUCCGGAAAGAAAAGCUUUUUUUUUAAAAAGGAAUUUAUCUUUUCAUUUAACCUCCAAGUACAGCUAGAGUUCAUAGGAUUGCUGGCAGUAUUAUGUCACUGAGUAAGCUUUACCAAUAAACUUUGAUUUUUUUGUCCAGUUACUGUGUUGAAUUGUCAAUCAAACACUCAAGUAUUGGAUCUUCUAAAUGAAGUCCUCAAAUCUGUCUAGUGUUUCUAAGGUGCACGGUUUUCUCUCUGCUGUAGUAUUUACAAUAAGCAAAACUGUGAGCGAUUCCACCACACUAGCAUUAAAAACAUGGAAAAUCUCUCUCCGAAUCCGGUAUCUUCGAACAUCUCCUGCGCGGACCAGCAGGCGAAUUGUUUGUCCGCAAAUGGCAAUGGGACCAAUUCGACACGGCCAGGUCUAUACCCUGAUUUUUACAUUGCUAUCCCUGUCAUAUAUUCCGUUAUAUGUGCCGUUGGGUUAACGGGUAACACAGCUGUCAUUUAUGUUAUACUCAAAGCUCCGAAAAUGAAAACGGUGACAAACAUGUUCAUACUAAACCUAGCCAUCGCCGAUGAACUUUUCACUCUGGUUUUACCCAUAAACAUUGCUGACUACCUGCUGCUUCAGUGGCCCUUUGGCGAGCUGAUGUGUAAAUUAAUCAUUUCCAUCGACCAAUACAACACGUUCUCAAGCAUUUACUUUUUGACUGUCAUGAGCAUUGAUCGUUACCUGGUGGUCCUGGCCACCGCGAGGUCCAAGAAAAUGUCUUAUCGUACUUAUAGAGCGGCUAAGAUAGUCUGUAUAUGUGUUUGGCUCUUCGUCACUGUCACCAUUUUGCCCUUCACAAUUUUUGGCAAGAUUCACGAUGACGAAGGCAGGCUGCAAUGUGUCUAUGUGUUUCCAUCUCCUGAGAUUCUGUGGUGGAAAGCUAGUCGGAUCUAUACUCUCCUAGUGGGAUUCACCAUCCCAGUGUCCACAAUUUGCAUCCUGUACUCAAUGAUGUUACUCAGGUUGAGAAACAUGCGCUUGAACACCAACGCCAAAGCUCUGGACAAAGCGAAGAAAAAGGUUACAUUAAUGGUGGUGAUUAUUCUAGCAGUCUGUCUUUUCUGUUGGACACCUUACCAUUUGAGCACGAUAUUAGCUUUAACAACAGAUAUUCAACAGACCACGCUCAUCAUUGGAAUCUCCUACUUUAUCACUAGCCUGAGCUAUGCGAAUAGUUGUCUUAAUCCUUUCCUCUAUGCCUUUCUAGAUGAUAGCUUCAGAAGGAGCUUUCGGAAACUGGUAGAAUGCAGAACAACACCCUGAUAUUUAUAGUUUUGAUGAACGCAUCUGGUUAUUCAAUGUAGCACGUUUAUUUUAAUUACUGUCUCCUUCAAGGGCAUCCUGCUGUAAAUACCUUCAGAAAUGCCCUCUGAUACAUUCAAAAGCCUUUCAUGAAAUAAUUAUGUUUGGGGACUAAAAAUGGGGUUUCCCAUUUAUUAAAGUAGCAGAUUGUCUGGAAUUUCUCCUGUCAUGUGAUAUAAAAUUAAAAUAUGCAUGCAAUUAAAAUUGUAUUUAACUUAAAAUCCAGGAUAAAGUUAAUG